GGGAAAUCAAAGUGUGUACAAUACUAUAUUUUAUUUAUACAAUGACACCAAAUAAAUAUUUGUAAUUUUAGUUCAUUCUACACAGUACGUAUGACAAACAACUCCCACCGUUAUUGACAUGAGUAUUGCACCGAGACUGGAGCUACACCAUUCCGCUGUAUGUACUAAAAAGGGUAUCUGCCAUGACUGGCACAGGGAGGGAGGAACAAUCUGACUUCCCUGCGGAAUCGAUAUCAAGAGAUUUCGGAUGCAUAAUUUUUACUCUCCGGGGCUGCCAGUGAUCGUUUAUCUUGGCGCCCCACUUGUUAAUGUUGGAAAAUAAAAUUAUACCAUGAGAUUAUCGUUCAGUUAUUCCUUCACCAUGGCAGUUUAAACUGAAAGUAAAAUAUUCAGUAGUGUUGAAAAAUGUUAACUUAGCCUAGGUACUGUUGUAGAAAAGAACAAGGACAACAAGAUCAGAUUAUGCAACUGCAUGCUGUGAGAACGUGUUUUGCGUUAAUAUUUACGAUUCGGUAACAGAAUGAAUCAGAAAAUCAAGAUGACCUAACAGACAUCCUACCAUUUCACAGCAACGAAUGCAAAAUCGUGAAUUGAGGCUUUUUCUGUCUAUGGCUUGAACAGGGAUGAGCCUUACCAGGAAGUGUAUCUCGAAUCUGGACUGCGCAUGUUCGCAAGCAUUUCAGAAUGUAAGGAUGUGUUCGACGUCGUUGUAAAAGCACAGUGCACAGACGCGACGGCUAUGGCGAACACAGAGGUCACUGUGUCCAUGGGGGACAUGGUGGUGGUAAAAACCACAGACCAGGACGAGGAGGGCGAGCCAGACAAUGGAGGAAAAACGCAGGUCAUCCUUCAGCUUCAGCCCAUCACAUCUGGGUUGGGGGAGGAUUCUGGGGAGGCGGAAACAGCUGUGGUGGCAGUGGAGGCACAGGAGGAGGCAUUAGAUGAGGAGGGAGUGGAGUUAGGAUACCCCAUUACUUGUGGAGAGAGUCGAGCGGUGCUCCUCUUUAAGAAGUUCGUAUGUCCCGGAAUCAAUGUGAAAUGUGUGCGGUAUGAGGACCAGUUGAUUAGUCCUAAGCAGUUUGUGCACAUGUCAGGGAAAGCCACACUCAAGGACUGGAAGAGAGCCAUCAGAAUGGGUGGGGUCAUGCUCAGGAAGAUGAUGGAUUCUGGCCAGCUGGACUUCUACCAGCACAGCACUCUGUGCACCAACACCUGCCGCAGCACCAAGUUCGACCUGCUCAUCAGCAACACCCGCUUCCCGCCCGACAGCACCCUGCUGUCAACGCCCACCUCUACCACAGUCCCGGUUGGUAACGGUGAGCAGGGAGCUGGCGUGACGGAGGAGGCGACGGCUGCCGCGUCGGUGGAGUGGACCACCAGCAGCGUGGAGGCCACCGCCAAGAAGGAGGGGCAGGAGAUCUCAGAGGACACUCUGAACUUCUGGAAGGGCAUCGCCGACGUGGGUCUGAUGGGGGAGGUGGUCACCAACAUCCGCACGGAGCUGCUGGAGAUGCUGAAGGGGGUCCAGCUGCGAUCUGAACACACCAGCUUGCAGGACUCGGAGGUGGCCGUGUUGAGUAAUCUGGUCCAGGUGUUCGGAUUGCUCGACUCCAUCAAGAAGAUCCUGAGCGAGAAGCGCCUUCAGACUGACCCCAGCCAAGAACAGGACCUCCAUACACUGACCAGUUUGGAGCAGCAGCUGGAGGAGCAAAAGAAGCAGCAAGCCCAGAGUUGGCUGGCCCUCAACAGCAUGGUGGCGCCACCUCCACCGCCUCCGACCAAGCGCGCCCCGAAGCGUCCGCGUCUGCAGCGUCCAGCCUCCACCACCACUCUCCUCAGCCCGUCGUCGCUGUCGCCCGCCGGCGCCGGCGCCCUGGGCCAGCCGCUGACCCUGCAGCCGCAGCAGUUCACCGUCCUCUCGCCGAUCACGCUGUCGUCGGUCGGCCAGCCGUUCACCGUGGCCAACCUGCCCAUCGCCACGCUGGCGCAGACCGCCAACACCGUCACGCUCCACACGCUGCCGGGCGGCUCGCAGAUCUUGACCCGCUACACGGGCGGCGGCGGCGCCGGGGGAGCGACGGUGGUCACCACGGCCUCGGCGGACGGCAAGGGGGGCGACACCUUCACCCUCCACCCGUCCUCAGGGCUCACGCUAGUGGGCACGGCCGCAGUGCAGGACCCCAGCCACCUGGGGGCGGUCAUGAGCAACAUGGAGCUGGUGCAGCUGGCCCCGGGCACCAUAGGGACCGAGGGGAUGGUGGUGUCGGCCGCGGGCGGCGCCGAGGUCAUGGAGGGGGCCAUGCUCGUCCAGCAGGACCUCAGCGGAGUGAUGGGAGUCGGGGGCAUGACGGUGGCGGCCGUUGGUGGCGGAGGAGAGGUGGAGGAGAGCCAGACCCACGCCACGGUCAUCGAGAUCGACCCCGCGCCCAGCGGAGUGGAGCAGCACGCCGUCGGGGUGAUGGAGCUGCAGCUGGCCACCGGGGCCUCCGGCGAGGGGGUGGACGACGACGAAGUGACCACCAUGGUCGUGCAGGGAUCGAUGGUGGCAACAGGCAGCGAGGAGGGAGGAGGAGGAGGAGGCUGCACCCAUGAUGGAGCAGGGGGAGGAGGUGCAGACAGGCCAGGGGGAGGCGCAGGGAGAGGAGGUGGCUGUGGCGUCAGGAGAACUGCAGCUUGAGACUGAUGGACAGCUAGAGACGCUGCAGAUUAUGGUGGUGGAGGACGACACGGCGACGGCCACUGUAGAGGACAAGUGAAGAAGUGUGUGUGUGUGUGUGUGUGUGUGUGUGUGUGAGGAGCGUUCUCUGCACUGCCAACAGUACAUGCGUGGAAUGAGGAGAGCAGAUUGGCACGCUUGUGUGAGUGUAUGUGUUUGUGUGUGUGUGUGUGCCAUACGUGAAUGUGUGCGUGUGUGAAACGUUUUGGAGAGCUUCAGAGCUGCCAAGGACAAGCCUUCACACUAACGCACUGUAACAUGGACCUCCGUAACUGUGGCUUCGAUGUAGUUGACAAAUUGUAAUUUAAAAAUAAACGACUGCUCGACAGGGUUCCCCAUUUCA